CGUAAUGUUGACUAGUUGCAGCUAGUUUCUGUACAUUGUGGUCUUUUUUUUAAAUCAGACACAAGAACAUUUUUAAUAAAUAAAAAUGAGCAAAAUUAACCCAGAAGAACAAGCCAAACUUGAAGACAGAGCAAAUGACAAUUUGAAAGCGAAUGCUGUAACCAUCGCUGUAUCCUCUCGCACCCUCUUCAACAUGGUGGAGGAGGGGGAGAUCUAUGACAAAGGUCUGGAGGGCUACGUUAAAUUUCAGAUGGAACAUGAAAACGAGCCUUUGAAACCUGGACCUGCAUUUCCCUUUGUUAAGGUUUGACCAUAGAGAAAUUCUGUAUGACUGGAGGGAAAAGUCCUAUAGGUUACCUGCAGGCCUACAUGACAAACCUUUACCUUUCUACGAAU